UACCUUAGGCAGGAAACACUUCUUUAUGCAUGACCACUUACGAUCUCUGGGUGCAUAUUUAAUGAAGGACGAAGGAAAAUUAAUUAGACAUGGUCAAAGAUUAAAUCUAAAAGCCAAUGCAAAGAUCCGUCGGUUGUCAGUGUCUAAAAUGGGGAAUAAAUUGGUACUGCCAGAUCAAAUUAUGGAAGAGAAGUGUUUAAGAACCUUAAUUCUCGUUUAUUCCCCUCGAACCAAGAUAAUCGAGGAUAAUGUACUUAGAAAGUUAUCACAUCUUCGAGUGUUGGUUCUGUCUGGUACAUCAAUUAAGAGAAUUCCAGAUUGUAUCGGAGAUCUGUUGCAACUAAGAUAUUUAGAUUUGCAUGAAACAAAUAUUUAUGAGAUACCAGAAUCUAUAGGGCGCCUUGCAAACCUCCAAACUCUGAACCUCUGGAACUGCCAAUAUUUGCACAGACUUCCUAAGUCGAUCACCAUGCUGCACAGUCUACGGUGUCUUGAUAUUGAAAAUGUUCCUCUGACUCAUGUACCCAAGGGAAUCGGAAAACUGAUGGAUCUUAAUCAUUUAGAAGGAUUUGUGGUUGGCCAUAACGAUCCAACGAACAAGUUGCACGAGAAGGGGUGUGACUUGAAGGAGCUGCAAGCUCUUUCCAAGCUCAGAUGUCUGACAAUAUACAGGCUGGAAAGGACAUUAACAGGAGUCUCAGUACUUAUGGAUAAAAGUUUUCUUAAGGAGCUGACUUUAUGUUGGAUGCCUCCAAAAGAAGAUGACGAUGAUUUGGAAGACGAGGAGGAGGAGGAAGAAAAUAAGGAGGAUAACAGAGAUAAGGAUGAGGGCCAAGAAGUGACAUGGAAUGAGAAGGAAUUCCAAGCAGUUGAGAAGGUAUGCGAUGAACUCUCUCCCCCAUCCAGCCUGGAAGAUCUUAUCUUUCAACGAUUCCCCGGUCGGCAAUUCCCAGGCUGGUUGAUGUCAACAUCACUAGACAAAUCCUUCCCUAAUCUGGCAUAUUUGAGGAUUUGGUACCUCAAAUCAUGCACGGAACUGCCUCCUCUAGGCAUGUUGCCCCUGCUAAAACAUCUUGACAUCACCGGCGGUGAAGCCAUCAAAACCAUUGGGCCUGAGUUUCUGGGCCGCAACUUACCGGGAGCUUCCGCAUUUCCAAAACUUGAAUAUCUGGAGUUUUACGGAAUGCCCAACUGGGAAGAAUGGUCAGUAUGGGGGAUGGAAGAAAAUGGUCAGGGACCGCACCUAAAGCUCUUUCCUAAUCUAAAGACAUGCAAGAUCAUAGACUGUCCCAAACUGAGAGCUCUACCAGAAGGCCUAUCCCAUGCUACCAAUUUGAAGGAAUUGUACCUUGAGAGAACUCAUGACUUGAGAGAAAUCACAAACCUCCGCUUGAAUUACAAGCUCGAGGUCAAAGAUAACACGAUGCUGAAUAGAAUAUCCAACCUUUCCAUGAAGUAUCUGAAGGUGGAAGAUUGUCCGAAUCUGGAGUACGUGGAGAAUCUCGACAGGUUGCAACAGCUGGUCCUGAUAUGUCCACGACAAAUGAAGCAACUUCCGCAGUGGCUGUCAACCCUAAUUCAGCAGCGCCAAAGCAUUCCUUCUGCUCAGUGGAGCUUCAGAAAACUGGAACUGCAAUGCAACAUCGUGCUGCUGAAGAGCUGUCUCGAGGGCAACGAGAAUUGGCAUAUCAUUCAACAGAUUCCAGAUGUCAUAAUCCAAACCUAUUCCAGGAAAAAGUAUAUUCGAUAUAGCAAGCAUCCACCCAUGUACGAUGCAAAAGUAUGAUGAAUUCGUCGUUCCGGAUCAAUAAAAGGCCUCUGCCUGGUUAUUCUACUUAUAGAUAUUUUG